AUGAAACAGUUCAGAGAUAUGCUUGCUGAGAAAGAGGUUUCUGCCUACUCCACUUGGGAGAAAGAGUUGCACAAGAUUGUUUUUGAUCAGCGCUAUUUGUUGCUCACCUCUCGAGAACGCAAGCAAGCUUUUGAGCUGUAUGUGAAGGAGCGAGCUGAGGAAGAACGUCGUGAAAAGCACAGGAGAAUCAAGGAGAAGAAGGAAUCGUUCAGACAACUAUUGGAAGAGAGCAAAUUAAAUGGAAAGAUGUCAUUCAGUGACUUUGCUGCCAAAUACGGAAAAGAUGAACGCUUCAGGGGUAUCGAUAAGAUGCGUGACCGAGAGUCUAUGUUUCUGGACUACAUAAGCGAGCUUCGCAAAAGGGAGAAGGAAGAGAAAUCAGUGCUCAAAGAGAGGCUGAAGUCUGACUUCUUGAAGCUGCUAAGGGAGGUGUCGGGCAUUGACCGCAACUCUCGCUGGAGUGAAGUCAAGAAAAAGAUCAGCUCUGAUCCACGCUAUGAAGCCGUGGACAGUAGUUCUCGCAGGGAAGAUUGGUUCAAAGAUUACAUUAAGAAUUUGGAUGAGCCAAAUUCUGAAGAUGAAGAACGGAGGGAGAGAGAAAGACAAGAGAGGAUUGAAGCCAGCAUAAAGAAACGUGAGGAAGAAGUUAAACAGUCACUGUCUUCAUCUCUGAGAGAAAGAGACAAGGAAAGAGAACAGCACAAAAAAGAUGAGGCGAUCCAGCACUUCAAUGCUUUGCUGGCUGACUUGGUCAGAAACUCAGAGGUUACCUGGCGAGAUACUAGAAAACAGCUGAGAAAAGAUCAUCGGUGGGAGCUAACAGAUUCUCUGGAGAGAGAAGAGAAAGAAAGGUUGUUUGAGUCUCACAUUGAGGGACUUUACAAGAGAAACCGUGGAAUGUUCCAUGCACUGUUGAAUGAAACUGAGAUUUCACUGACGUCAACAUGGAAAGAAGUUAAAAAACUGAUCAGAGAAGAUCCACGUUACAGCAAGUUUUCAUCCAGUGACAGAAAACGAGAAAAGGAGUUCACAGACUACAUGCAUGAGAAAUUUGUGAACGCAAAGGCAGAUUUUCGUGAACUUUUGAGGGAAACAAAAGUGAUAACAUACAAGACCAAGAAAAUUGUUGAAGAGAAUGAAGGCCAUUUAGAUGACAUUGAGAAAAUGCUGGAGAAUGACAAGCGGUAUUUAAUUCUCGAUUGUGUUCCUGAUGAGCGUCGCAAGAUUCUCAUCUCCUAUGUUGAUGAACUGGAUCAGAAAGGGCCACCACCGCCACCAACUGCAUCAGCUCCUUCUCACAGAGGUCUUAAGUGA